GUUCCCUCCACUCCAACCAUCACUGCUGCUGCUGCUGUGACCACCUCCUGCUCCAGCCUCCCCCCUCUUCACCAUGACCAACCGUGAUCCGGAAUUUCGACAUCAACUGGGCAAAUUUCGCCUCGAUCCCCUGCCAAUUCCCUCCUCCCACCCGCUUCCGCCGCCUCGUCCUCCCCAUCUGCAUUCCCAUCCGUCUCCGUCUCCGCAGUCGCUGCCGCCACCUCCCCUGCCGCUCCAGCAUCAGCACCAGCUCCAGCACCACCAACCACCACCACAACAACAACAACAACAAUCACAACCACAUCACCACCAUCACCUCCUGCAUCAACAAUCGCCGCAUUCCUCGCAUUCCUCUCCCUCCCACCUCCCUCCCUCGCGCAGCAAACGCGUGUCAACCGCCUGUGACUUCUGUCGGAAACGAAAAAAGAAAUGCGACUUCCGAUACCCCAAUUGCUCCGCGUGCACGCGCGCCGGCGUCCGCUGUACCAUUCCGCCACCGGGCCCCCAGGUCGCGGCGGCUUCUGUGCCCCGUGAUCAGCUCGAAAACCUACAAAACCGGGUGCGAUGGCUGGAGGAGGUGGUGCGCCGCAAGACGGGCAUCGCCGUCGCCGACCGGCCCACGGGGACCGCGUUGGACGGCGAGGGGGACUCGGACUGGUGGUAUCAGGUGCCGACCAUGCUGAUGACUCGUGAAAGCCCUGCGCGGUCGACGUCCACGACGACCGCAGCUGCAGCGUCCAGCAACAGUCCGGCUCCCAGCUCGUCCGCGGUGGGAACGGAGCUGCCUAAUGUGGGGGAGAUCUUCCGCGACCAGCUGGAACAUCGCCGACCCUCGAUCGCGCGCCCGGUCGCGUCUGCACCGCGCGUGGUCCGCCUGCCCUCGCUGGAGGAGGCGGAGCGAGUGUCCUCGCAGUACUUCGAUAGUCUGGGGUAUCAGUAUCCGUUCCUGAGCCGGGCCGAGUUCUUCGGCCAUCUCCGACGCAUCUAUGCGGGCGAGGUGCCCGCCCCCGAGGUCCACCACUCGUAUCACAUCACCAUCGCUACGGCUUUGCUGAUCGGAUCUGCCGACGGGUCGCAGGCCGCAGAGUUCUAUCAUGUGAGUAACGAGACCAUGGGGUUGGCUCUGCAGAAUGAGGACCUCGCGGCUGUUCGGGCUUUGCUGAGCGUGGCGGUGUACACGAUGUUUGCUACCUCCGGCCCCAGCGUGUGGCAUAUCUUGGGGACUGCUUUGCGGCUGGCUACCAGCCUGGGACUGCACAAGGCCCGUUCGGUGGUCAAUGUGGUGGAAGAGGAGAUGGCCAAGCGGGCGUUCUGGAGUCUUUACAAUCUCGACCGGCUGAUUGCGAGUACCCUGGGACGGCCGCUGGGGAUAGCGGACGAGGACAUCUCGGUGACCCUCCCGCGAGAGUUCAACGACGACUGGACAGAAGCCCCGGGGGCCAGUGCCAUGACCAUUCCCUUGCAGGUGGUGCGCCUGCGCCGGAUUUUUUCACGCAUCUAUCGUUAUUUGUUCAACAACCAACCCCCGUCCCCUCCGACCGAGGUUGCUAUCACGCUCAGUCAUUUCCGCCAGGAGCUGGAUGACUGGCGACGGGCGGCACCGGUGUAUCCGCCCGCGCUUCUCUACUCCACCAGCUACUACGACUACCUGUACGCGACCACUCUUCUUCUCAUGUACCGACCCAGUCCGCGGAACCCGAUGCCCGAUGCGACGAGUAUAGUGAGCUGCGGAGAUGCCAGCAUCCAAGUCAUCCGAUCAUACUGGGACAGCUUCUCGGUGGGCAAGCUCAAGUGGAUCUGGUUGACCCUGAGUCAAAUCUACUUCGCCGGUAUCACGAUUCUGUGGUGUCUCAACCAGAAUUUCCUUGCCGUCCGCGAGGGCCUGGUGGCCGCAUGGAAGCCCGAGGACCGGACGAUGCGACGUGCCAUUCAGGCCGUGGUCGUCUUGCUAGAGGAGUUUGGCAAGCGGCGCCCGGGGGUAGAGCGAUUGGCAGAGACCUUUCGCAACCAGAGCACGAUGAUCUUCAGCCACCUGGCGUAUCAACAGGAGCAACAGCAACAGCAGCAGCAGCAGCAGCAGCAGCCGUUACAGCCACCGCUUCCAGAACAGCCGGCCCCUCCGCCACAGCCGCAGCAUGUUCUGGUUGCACCGCCGGUGCCUCUGGCGCCGGUGCUGGAUGACGUCCUGCUGGUCAAUGGGACGGGGACGGUGCCGUACCCCGCUGUGGAUUCAAACACUUCACUUAUCUCCUGCACUGGCCACCUCUUCUCCAUCUGUCCCCUCACAACCACCACUGUCAUCAUCAUGGCAUCCGAAGCCGUCCAGGCACAGGCCUUCCAUGGCACUUUCAUCCACACUCCGAGUCCCACUGAGCUGGAGAUUCUCACCGACACGUUGAUCGUUGUGUCCCCCGCCGGGACCCUGGAAUUCAUCCGCCCAUCCACACCCACAGCCUCCAUUCCCGAUCUCCUCGCCCAGAGCAACCGCCCCUCAUCCAGCUGCAAAGUGACCAUUCUGCAACCCACUGAAUUCUUCGUCCCAGGCUUUAUUGACACCCACACACAUGCACCCCAAUGGGCCCAGCGCGGGACCGGUCGGGGGAUCGACCUCCUCACCUGGCUGGAGACCAUCACCUUCCGCCACGAGGCCAAACUAUCCGACCCAGACUUCGCCAAAUCGCUCUACGGCUCCUGCGUCCGCGGCGGCCUCAAACAAGGCAUCACGACCGCCUGUUACUACGGCUCCCGACAUGCGGCCGCGUCCGUGAUCCUGGCCGAAACCUGUCUGUCUCUAGGCCAGCGGGCCCUGAUCGGGAAAUGCAACAUGAACCGGCACGCCCCCGACUGGUAUCGCGAUCCCUCCGUCGAGGAGUCUCUCCGCGACACGGAGGACUUCAUCUCCCAGGUCCGGGGCCUAGACCCGGCCCAUGAGCUCGUCACACCGGUGAUUACACCGCGAUUCGCGAUCAGCUGCGAGGAGGAGCUCCUGGCCGGGCUGGGGGCGAUGGCGAGCCGGAACACGGACCUGCCGAUCCAGACGCACUUCAACGAGUCGCGCGGGGAGGUGGAUUUCACGCGGUCGCUGUUCCCGAACGACAAGAGCGAGACGGAGCUGUACGAGCGGUUCGGGCUCCUGAAUGAGCGGAGUAUCCUCGCACACUCGAUCUACCUCUCCAACGCGGAGAUCGAGCGCAUGGCGGAACUGAAGUGCGGGAUCGCGCACUGUCCUAUCCCCAACGUGACCAUGGACGAAUUUAUGGUGGCGCCCAUACGGGAGUAUCUGCGCCGGGAUGUGAAGGUCGGCUUGGGGACGGACUGUGGGGGAGGGUAUUCGAGUUCGAUGCUGGAGGUGAUGAAGUCUGCGUUUGUGGUCUCCACGGCGCGGUGCACGAUGACGCAGGGCCGGGACGAGCCGUUGAGCAUCGCGGAGGGGUUUUAUUUGGCUACGCUGGGUGGAGCGAGAGUGUGUGGGCUGCAGGAGAAGGUUGGGAAUUUCGUCGUCGGUAAGGAGUUCGAUGCGUUGCUGGUCAGGGCGGAUGCGGAGGGCGUUAUGGCCCCGGUGAUGGAGGAGGAUGGCGUCAGGGAGGUGUUUGAGAAGUUUAUGAUGACGGGCGAUGAUCGGAAUAUCAGGCGGGUGUUUGUCAAGGGGCGGGAGGUGCAUACGAUCUAG